CUGAAUGCAACAGAUGAGACGUCACUGCAACAGAGCUUCGCGCGAGUGGCCGAAUGGAUACUCCGCCAGCAACCAUGGUCAGAUUACAUCAAGAUGGCUGUGGAUGACCGGGAUAUUAAGAUGAUCACGAAGGCGGUCAAACGUUGGUUUGAUGAUCCUCGGAAUGACCGUUGGCUCCUUGUCUAUGACAACUACGACAACCCUAAACUGAAUAGCGCCAACCAGAGAGACGAGUCCACCAAGGGUACCACGGGAAGUAAAGUUGAAGGAGAUACAAGCCAGGCAGACAUUCCAACAUCAAAAGCGUAUGAUAUCCGGCCCUUCUUCCCCGACUGCUACCAGGGAGCUAUCAUCGUAACUACGCGAUCAUCUACGGUUAAGCUGGGAAAGACUGUCCAGCUAGAGAAACCGAGAAACCUUGACGACAGCCUAGAGAUCUUGGCUCUCACGUCACAUCAACACAGUCUUGAGAAUGGUGAGGUUGUUGCGACUAUAAACGUGAAAUGA